AUGCGGUUCCUCACGUUUUCCACGGCCGCUCUGGCAGCGUUCCCCUUUGCCCUUGCCACAGUGUCCAAGGAGAUUUAUGACCCCAAAGAAUUCCCCAAUAAAUUCGAGAGGAUUCAGGAUGAGCUCGCUGAAACUCCCCAUAGGGACUCAAGGUUUCAUCAUUUGAAUACUUUCAGGUUCAGAGCUCGAACUGGAAAGAACCAUCGCAGGGAAGCUGAGGACGAACAGCCCGGCGAUCUACCCUCGCCCGAGGAGCUUUUCAAAGUACCUAAGGGGAUGGAAGUUCCCGGGUACCGGAAGCCAGAGGGCCCUACGCAAGAGCCCGCCUUCAUCACAAAGAUCAAGAAACUAACACCAAUCAAUUACGGCAACGUCAAGCAGCAGAAGGAUGACACCCUCAAACACCGCAAGCUUUGUCCCAAGUGUGGCAAGCAGGAUCAGCACAAGCCUUGUCACAAAAAGCAUGAUCCCCACAAGCCUUGUCAUAAAAAGCAUGACCACAAGAUUCACCGUUUGCAUGAUCAUCACGAUCUCGGCCGCAAGCAUGGCCAUGACAAGAAUAAGCAUGAAAUCCACUACAAGCAUGCACAUGAGAAGCAGAAGAAGCAUAAGGACCUGACCGCCAAGUGUAUUUGCGAGAGGCUCCAUCACUUGGCUCACAAGGCCGACCACCUCUUUGACUAUGUGAAGGACAUCAAGUGCGGCAACGGCGAUCGCGAAUGCUGGGAGCCAGUCCGCAAGGCUCUGUAUGAGCUUGAGUGGAAACUCGACCUCUUCGAUAGGGCAAUUGACAAGUCCAGCCUGGACAAGUGCUUCUCCGAAGAGGAGGAAGCCCAUAUUGCCCGUUGCUAUUGCCGUUACGCGGAAGCUCUGAUCAGGCUCCUUGAGGAGAUCAGCAGGAAGCUCGAGCACAUUGAAGGCAGAACCGCUUACUUCAUCGUCACUGCUGUCAACAGUCUGCGUGCGGCCGACUACGCAUUCGUUUACGAGCUGGGUCGUCGUCUGCAGCGUGAGAAGAUUCAAGUUGAAAUAUUCAGGAAGGAGGGUGCCACAGAUGGAAGCACUCCCCACAGCAUCCGCAAGGCAUUUGCUCGCUUCGUCAGCACUCCUUAUAUCACAGGAGAGGAUUUCCGGGUCGAGGAUUACCACAAGGAGCCCAAGGAGAAGGAGCUGAAGAUUAUCGAUGAGAUCAAGAACAAGCUCAAGCACAAGGGUCAUCACCAUCCUCAUCAUCACCAUGGCCAUCACCACCCUCAUCAUCACAAGGAUCACCAUCAUCAUGAUAAGCAUUGUCACCACCACCGCCCUCAUCACAAAGACCACGUCCACCGCAUCUAUCACCACAAGGAUCAUGAUCACCACCGCCAUCACCACAAGGAUCAUGACCACCACCGUCAUCACGAUCAUGACCGCCAUCGCCAUCGCCAUCACCAUAAGGAUCAUGACCGCCACUGCCUUCACCACAAGGACCAUGAUCACCACCGCCAUCACCAUAAGGGUCAUGACGACGAUAGGGAGAAGGAAAAGGUCAGAAUCAAGGUGGAGGAUCAUGGCGACCGUGCCCAGUAG